AUGUCCUUGGAGGCGCUAUAAACAACACAAGCAGCAGACAAGUUGAAGUCGCCAGCCAGUGUGCGUUUGUCUUCCACCAAGUCAUCUGCGCUUCCAGCAAUGGCCCUGCUGAAAUCCACCAAGAUUUUGACUAGUGUAGGGGCUCAGGCCCCUGUUUUAGCAGUCCUACAGCUCCGUGCAAGCUCAUGGUGGACUGAGGUACAGAUGGGACCCCCUGAUCCCAUCCUGGGUGUCACAGAGGCUUUCAAGCGUGACACCAACCCCAAGAAGAUGAACCUUGGAGUAGGAGCUUAUAGAGACGAUCAGGGCAAGCCGUUUGUUCUGAGCUGUGUCCGAAAGGCUGAGGCCCAGAUUGCUGCUAAGAAGUUGGAUAAAGAGUACCUUCCUAUUGGAGGGUUGGCAGAAUUUUCAAAGGCCUGCGCUCAGCUGGCUCUUGGACCUGAUAAUGAGGUCUUAAAGAGCGGAAGAAACAUCACCGUCCAGACUAUCUCAGGAACUGGAUCUCUACGUGUUGGUGCUAACUUUGUGUCACGAUUCCACAAUGCGUCCCAGGACGUGUACCUGCCUAAACCCUCCUGGGGAAACCACACCCCUAUCUUCAGAGAUGCAGGCAUGCAGCUAAAGGCCUACUCCUACUAUGACCCCAAAACCUGUGGCUUUGACUUUAAAGGAGCCUUGGAUGAUAUUUCAAAAAUCCCUGAGAAGAGUGUGAUUGUUCUGCACGCGUGCGCUCAUAAUCCCACAGGAGUGGACCCAAGGCCCGAGCAGUGGAAAGAGAUGGCCGCUCUGAUCAAGAAAAGAAAUCUCCUGGUGUUCUUUGACAUGGCUUACCAGGGAUUUGCCAGUGGUGACAUUGAUCGGGAUGCUUGGGCUGUGCGUUAUUUCAUUGAGCAGGGGCACAACAUUCUUCUGUCCCAGUCUUUUGCUAAAAACAUGGGCCUGUAUGGUGAGCGUGUAGGGGGCUUCACGGUGGUCUGUAAGGAUGCUGAAGAGGCUAAGCGUGUGGAAUCCCAGCUGAAAAUUCUCAUUCGGCCCAUCUACUCCAACCCCCCUAUGAAUGGAGCUCGUAUCGCCUCCACCAUUCUCAACACGCCUGAACUCUACAAAGAAUGGCUCGUGGAGGUGAAAGACAUGGCCGACCGCAUCAUUAAGAUGAGGGAGAUGCUUGUGUCGAACCUGAAGAAGGAGGGCUCCACUCACAACUGGCAGCAUGUCACUGACCAGAUUGGAAUGUUCUGCUUUACGGGACUCAAACCGGAGCAGGUGGAGCGUCUGAUUAAAGAAUUCUCUAUAUACAUGACAAAAGACGGCCGGAUCUCUGUGGCUGGUGUGACGUCUGCAAACGUGGGAUAUCUAGCACACGCCAUCCAUGCUGUUACCAAGUGAAGCUGGCUCCUGAGACUGUAGUUUCAGCAGACAGAGCAAGAAAAAGUAAUUUAAAUGAUUUAAAGUCUUCUGCUGCAUGUCUUUUAGCACCAGAUAUGAAAUAGGACUAAUGUAGACUUCCAGUUCACUUGAUUUGGUAUUAUUAAUAUUAAUUCAUGACUCUGAAUGUGAGAAAAUCAAUAAAUUAAGGCAGGAUUCUUCCUUUCAAAGUGAUAAAAACAAGCUUUAAAGGAUAUCGCUUAUCACGAUUUCCUGUGUCAGAACUGAUAAGAAUGUCUUUUUUUUAUGGUACAAAAUGUUCCGAUAGAACAGUUAAUGACAUUUAAAAAUCAUGUUUUUGUUUUCAAACCAAUAACUAAAUAAGAGUGAUUGAAAAGUUACCCCAUAUGCUUUAGAGAAAUCAUUGAAAGGAGUAAACCAGAUUUCAUGUUUGGACAUUAAUUGCAAAAUCUUUGAAGGGCUGUAACCAGUUUAACAUGGUCAUUUCACCUAGAGGAGCAUAAACAAUUACACUUAUCAAACUGAUGAUUCGGCAUCAAAGGUCUUCUUGAGCCAUAACACAUUCUUAGACAUGUUUAUGACUGUAAGGCACUUAUUCUAUACUGCAGCGUAAGCUCAUUAUUAGUAAUGAUCGAUUGUCAUAAAACUCAUGUCAAACAUUUUUUUUUUUUAAUUGUCACUGCAUCUGUGGACAAAAUUGAAUUAAGAUUAAUUUUGGAAUGAAAACUGAACAAAGUAUAACUGAUAUUUCAGUGGUUAAUUGAUGGUUUAAGAAACGCUUUACGUGUUUAGUGUGUGGGUGUUGAUAAUGUUGAACAUGCCAUGGUUUGUAAGGAUUAUUCAGGUUUGAAAAACUGUUCAAAUAUAUAUAUUUGUAUAACUAAUUAUUGUGUUCCUAAAGCAAAUUUAUGAAAUUUCUCCCGAAGUUCUCCGGAAUAGACAUCGAAAUGUGACGAGUAGUACUGUAUGACUCUGUUUAAACAAUGAACAACAGAAUAAAGGUGAGCUCAACGAAAA